CCCAUCUAAAUAAUUGGCUCAACAUUUAAAAAUCAAAAACUCCAAAGGGUACCUUCAACUUAAAACUUUGUGAAGCUCUUGUCUAUUUCCAAAAACACAAUUUCUUAUUUAAGAUGGUGUACGUGAAUUAAUUUUAAAUCGAACUAGAUAAUUCAAUUUAGAGGUGUUUAUUUGAAUCAUCAGGUCGAUUUCAGGUCAGAUUUUUUUUAUCGGUUUAAAAACGGAUUUUGUGUCUACAUUGAUUUUUACAUAAUUGUAAUCUGUUUUUAAGUCAUGUCAAAUCGAAUUCGGUCACAAAGUCGAAUGAAUAUCAGAUCGUUGGAUCUAUUUUGAACACCUUUCACUUCAAAAUUAAUAUAUCCAUUAGCAUUUAGCCCUUGUAUAAAAAUUUUUCUCGCCAUGAGACAGUCUCAUUCGUACUAGCAAAGACAAAAAGAUUGAAAUGUCAGCUAUACUAGUUUGGUUGUACAUACAACUUUAUCAUCACUCACACUAUGAUCAACGAGUAGUUAUGAUAAAACCCACAUAUAAACCAAACAAUCCCUUGAAUAACUAUUGUUUAUACAACCUCUACUAAAAACACCCACCAAAAAAAUGGGGGACUCACCCAAUUAUCAUCUAACUCCACCAUCAUUCACAGCUCAACAAACAACUUAUAACUACAACAUAAGCAUGCUCUACUGUGGCUUCUUCGUGGUGGCGACAGCCGGACUAGUCCUCGCAAUCUACCACUGUCUUGCACUGAACUGGUGCAGUGACUACCCUCCUGUGUGGCUGAGAACAGCCCAAACUGGCCCAACUGAACAGCAGUGUCAGGCCCAAAAAGUAAUCGAAUUUAAUUCGAUUCGUUACAAGUUCAAAAAGGGAGAAAUUGGUACAAAUAAUGAAGAGUGUGUAGUAUGUUUAUGUGGGUUUGAAGAAGAGGAAGAUAUUAGAAAGUUGGUUAAAUGUAAGCAUAGUUUUCAUGCCUUGUGUAUUGAUAUGUGGCUGUAUUCGCAUUUCGACUGCCCGCUGUGUCGUGCACCUGUGGCUGUGGCUGUGUGCAGUGUGGCACGGUUAGAUAGAUCAGGUUCUGUGGUUUUUGAUUCUGGUAAUCCUGUGUAAAUAAAAGUAUACUCUGUUUAAUCUUGGUUU